AGAGCCAGCAGAGGAGGAAGUCCCAGAUGAAUCAAAGCCCAAGCCAACCAAGAUGUUUGUGCCGAAUAUCGCAGCACCAAAGAUCCCAGAGGGAGAUAAAGUGGAUUUUGACGACAUCCACAGGAAGAGGCAGGAGAAGGACCUGCAGGAGCUGCAGUCUCUGAUCGAGGCCCACUUCAUCCAGAGGAAGAAAGACGAGGAGGAGCUGGUGGCUCUCGUCAACCGCAUCGAGAAGCGGCGGACGGAGAGGGCGGAGCAGCACAGGAUUCGAGCGGAGAGGGAGAAGGAGAGGCAGGCCAAGCUCAACGCGGAGAAGGAGAGGAAAGACCAGGAGGAGCAGAAGAAGAAGCAGGAUGAUGAGGCCAAGAAGAAGAAGGCCCUGACUUACCAGUACGGGACCAGCACGCAGAAGACUGACGGCCGCAGGGGCACCAAGAAACAGACGGAGAGGGAGAAGAAGAAGAAGAUUCUGGCUGAAAGGAGGAAGGGUCUGAACAUCGACCAUCUGAACGAGGAGAGACUGAAGGACAAGGCCAGGGAGCUGUGGCAGUGGCUGAUGGAGCUCGAGGCGCAGAAGUUUGACCUGGGCGAGAAGCUGAAGAGACAGAAGUAUGACGUUAACCAGCUUCUGUGCCGGGUCCAGGAUCACCAGAGCGGCAAGGGUCGUGGCAAGGCCAAGGUGUCCGCGGGUCGUCUGAGGUAAAAGGACCGUUUCAGAAGAUUGCAGUUUGGACGCCGCAGAGAAAUGCGUACAGCCUUUUAUUUUUUUGUUGUUCGAGAUAGACAUCUAACUUUCUGAGAUAAUAGGGUUUUUUUUUUUGCUAUAUGAUGUGUACAAACAAUAAAUCACUCAUGAAUCAG